AUGAGCUUCUCUAUCGAGGUGUCCGGCGGCGCCAACCCGCUCAGCUUCCAGGACCUCUGUCGAGCUCUCGAAUUGGCUACCACGGCGCAGGACUAUGCGCAGCGUCAGGCUGCGGAGCAGCAGCUCUCGGCGUGGGAGACGCAUCCCGGGUACUACAGCUCCUUGCAGGCCGUAUACCUUGACAGGUCCCUACCGCUCGAACCCCGGUUCCAGGCCGUCAUCCAGCUCAAGAACGGCAUCGACAAGUACUGGCGGCAGUACGCCCAGGUCAAGAACGGCAUCAAGCCCGACGAGAAGGAUGUGAUCCGCGCCCGUCUGUUCGAGGGCACCGUGGGCGAGCAGGACUCCCGUCUGGCCGAGCACAACGCCUUCGUCGUCGCCAAGGUGGUGCGCAUAGACUACCCGGCCGAGUGGCCCGACGCCCUGGCCCAGAUCAUGUCCCUGCUGCGGUCGUCGCGCGCCGGCGACCAGCAGCACCUCUUCGGCACCCUGCAGAUCCUGCUCCAGGUCGUCAAGGAGCUCGGCUCGGCCCGCCUGCGCAAGUCCCAGACGGCUCUGCAGUCGGUCACGCCCGAGAUGUUCCACGUCCUCACCGAGAUCUACGCCGAGAGGUCGCAGCUCGGUAUCGACUUCCUGUCCAGCAGCCAGGGCGGCGAGCAGGAUGCCUACCAGGCCAUGUCCAACAGCCUCGUCGCCCUCAAGAUCCUCCGCCGCCUCGCCAUGGUCGGCUACGAACACCCGCACGCCGACGCCACCGUCGACAAGUUCUGGGCCAUGUCGCAGAACCAGUUCGGCCAGCUGCUGUCCCUGGUCGGCGGCGACGGGCCGUCCCUGCCCCCCGAGCACUUCCAGAAACUGGCCGGCGGCCAUCUUCUUCAGUUCACCAAGCUGCACAUCGACAUGGCCGAGCAGCACGCCGUCAGCUUUGCCGUCCUCCCCAACACCCUGGCCCUCGUCCACGCCUACUGGGAUCUCGUCGCCAGCUUCUCCGACGUUUUCGCCAGCUCGGGCGGCAUCCGUCAGAGCUCGUCAUCCGGCGGUGCCAAGGCCAAGGCGGAGGGUCCCCUCCUGGAGAAGCUGGCUGUCAAGGGCCUGCUGCUGCUGCGUGCUUGCGUGCGCAUCGGCUUCCAGCCCGUCCAGACCUUCAAGUAUCGGAGCCCCCAGACGAAGGCCGACCAGGCCGCCGCCAAGGAGAUGAUCAGGAACGAGCUUUUCAAGCCGGAACUCGUCGUCGCCAUCGUCAACCGCAUCAUCACAUAUCUCUUCAUCUUCCGCAAAUCCGACCUCGAGGCCUGGGACGAGGACGCGGAGGAGUGGGAGAAGGAGCAGCAGGCCGAGGGCGACGCAUACGAGUGGCAGGUCAGGCCAUGCGCCGAGAGGCUCUUCCUGGAUCUGCUCACCAACUUCAAAGACCUGCUCAUCGGCCCUCUCAUGGAGUACUUCCAGACGGCACAGAACCCCCAGGCCGAUAUCGCCACCAAAGAGGCUGUGUAUACGGCCAUGGGCCUGUCGGCGGCCCAUGUCGUCAACGUCUUCGACUUCGACACCUUCCUGGCCUCGACCGUGGCGCAGGACGCCCAGAAGUCCGGAGACCUCCAGAGGGUGCUGCGACGGCGCAUCGCCAUCCUGCUGAGCCAGUGGGCCCCCGUCAAGCUCGAGGAUAGAAGCCGGCCCAUCGUCUACCACAUCUUCCGGCACUUCCUCGAUCCCGACGACGAGUCCAACGAUCUGGUCGUCAGGAUCACGGCGGCCAGGGUGCUCCGGUGGAUCGCCGACGAGCUCGGGUUCAGCGUCGAGGCCUUCCUGCCCUACACGUCGGACGUGCUGGAGCAGCUGACGGCGCUGAUCCGCAACGUCGAGAUUGACGAGACAAAGCUGGCCAUUCUCGAGUCGAUCCGUAUCAUCGUCACACGCAUGGAGGAGCAGGUUUCGCAGUUUGGCGACCAGCUCAUGUCCAACCUGCCGGCCGUGUGGGACGCCUCGGGCACUGAGGAGUACAUGAUCAAGCAGGCCGUCAUCGCCAUCUUCUCGGCCCUGGUCAUGAGCAUGGGCAGCUCGUCGCAGCGCUACCAGCAUCUCAUGGUGCCUCUGAUCUCCGAGGCGGUGCGUCCCGGUUCGGAUCUGCACAUCCACCUGAUUGACGAGUCGCUGGAGCUGUGGGAUGCUAUCCUCAUGCAGAGCUCGCCCCCGUUGGCGCCCGAGAUUGUCGGUCUCGCCGAGAUGGCCCUCCCGCUGCUCGAGUACGCGUCCGUGACGGCAGGUGCGGCACUGACGGUUUUGGAGUCGUACGUGGCCCUGUCGCCCGGCGCUCUGCUCGAGGACAAGCUCCGGCGGCCGACGAUCACGGCACUGAUGGGCGUGUUUGACUCGAAGAGCCGAGAGCAGGUGCGCACGGCCACGGCGUGCGUGGAGACGCUGAUCCGGACGGCGGUGGACAUGGGCGGCUCCGAAGGCAUGUCGGUCAUGAUGCGCGACCUGGUGGAGACGGGCUUCAUGAAGAAGAUCCUGGGCAACCUGCACGACGCGUGGGAGGCGCACCAGACGACGGGGCCCAAUCGGCGGAUCAGCAAGCUCAACACCAUCACGGAAGGCGACUACCUGGCGAUACUGGCGCGUCUGGCGCUGGCGGAGCCCGGCCUCUUCGUGCAGAUGCUGACUACGUUUGGCAGCCUGGAGCAGGUCUGGGGCUGGCUGUCGGCCGAGUGGUUCAGCCACCUCCACGGCAUGGACCACAUCGAGCACCAGAAGCUGUACCUGCUGGGCCUGACGCGGCUUCUCGAGCUGCCGUCGCCCAUGCAGGAGCUGGCCCUGUCCAGGCUUCAGGACUAUCUGACCAUGUGGAGCAACGUCAUCUCGGACCUGCAGGACGGGGCCGCCAACGCGACCGACUGCCUCAUCUACGGGAGCAGCGCGGCGGCCGAGGCCAGCGAAUACGACACGCCCAAGAUUGUGGCCAUGCGCGAGUCGGCAUACCGGGACCCGGUACACACGGUGCACGCCUACGCGUUCGUCAGGGAGAGGCUGCAGGCCGUGGUGGCACGGAUCGGCGGCGAGGCAGUAUUUGAGGAGCAGUGGGCUGCCAAUGUGGAGAAGCAGUGCAUGGAUGAUUUCCGGUCCGUGGCGAGCCAGAUGGAUCCCUCACAGCUUGCUGCCACCAUCCUGGGGCAACUUGACGACGACCUUACCCCAGGUGCCCCUGCUGCCCAGCGCGACGAGGGCAUCCUUGACGCUCUCGAGCCCGACGUACUCGUGCCCGGUAUACUCGGUGCCCCUGAGCUUACCCCGGGCGACGAGAUCCAUGAUGCCCCUCCAGACGAGGGCGACGGUCUCGGGCUCGUUCCCGGCGUAGGCGCCCCAGUGGAUGCCGACGAGGGAGAUGUUCUUGAGGAGGAACUUGUUGGUGGGGACGCGCUCGAUGGCGCCGGCGGCGAAGCCGACGACGAGGAUGCGCGCGUUCCAGGCGGCGCACUUUGUCGAGGCGUCCACCAGGCCGACGGGGUCGUAGACUAUGUCGACUCCCUUCCGGCCGGGUGUGAGAUCCUUGACCUUUUGGGGCCAGGAGCCGUCGUCGUACGAGACCGUGUGGUCGGCGCCGAACUUGCGGGCCACGGAGAGCUUCGCGGCAGUCGAGGCCGUCGCUAUGACUGUUGCACCGAAAGCCUUGGCCACUUUUUGGCGAGGGGUGAGGGGGUGAUGGGUGAGGGGCGUUAG